UUGAAAGAAUAUAUUUUCGUCUCGGUGAAUAUUCACCAAUGUUCACUUCGCCUUUGGCGAAUAAUUGUUAAGUAGUAAUAGAAUUGCAGUUACUAUUAACUUCUAUGACUUCCUCUCAAGUUGUCGAAGUGUCGCCUUCGCUAAACUGCUGAAAUUUAUUUGCUGAUUAAUUUUCUUUUACCAGCGUUUCCGCGGAAACAGAGACAGCAAUUCUAUCAAGUAUCACGAUAUUCCUCUCCCCAUUUUGACGUCAGAAAUCAUUAUCUCACCCCAAACUUGGGCUGAUAACGUUGGCUUGCGCUUUGAACUCUACGGCUGUGAUCCAGGAUACUAUUUUUUGGUAUGGUGGAUGUUUGAUGGACGUUUUUUUACUAAAAAUCAUGCAAAUUUAAAUAGCCUGGAUCAUAAUGACACUAGAGAUGACACACUGAUAGAGAUUGAAAAAUAUCUACGAGUCUUCCCAGGAUUCAUGUCAGUCGAAUUUAUGACAUUGAGCCCUCACAGAUCUUCCUUUGUCUAUACAGUCCUCACCGCCGAAAUGAAAAUUCUUUGUUUAAAAUCCAGCGAGAAAAACUUGGUAGCGAAGCUGAACACAGAAAGAAGGAACCUUGAUGUGUUGUUCAGAUUUCCAUUAAAAUGCCAGUGCUUCUAUCCGCAAGUUAACAUCUCUAUAAAGAAAACACUCAAGGAAGCUACUGUACUAUACACCACUCAAAACAUAACUAUUUACGCUGAAACAAGUCAGGGAAACUGUGAAGAGUCCUUGAACUUCAAAUGGGAAAUUGCGAAAGCAAGUGAUAAGUCAAGCGAGUUUGGGCGCUUUGUUGUCCAUGGUGAUGCAUUUAACAACAAAACAGGAAAACUGCAAUUAAAAGGGAGAGAGUUCGACGAGGGUUACCUGUACAUCAGAUGCGUUGCAUUCAUCAAAACUCGGUCAGGCGAUGAUGGAGUAGAAACGUACGACUUUGGCUAUGUCCGUAUUGUUUAUCCACCUUUGGUUGUACAGAUUGCUGGUAGUAGUGCUGCAAUAAAGGGAAAUGGCAGUGUUACGUUAGACGCAUCAAGCUCUUAUGAUCCCAAUACUCGACUUAACAACAGCAGUGGAUUAAGCUUCAGCUGGUACUGCAAGAGAGUGGAUGGCAACGUCACGAAGGAGGGCCCGAGUGGCUGCUAUGGUCACCAUUCAGGGAAGCUAAGCAGUGCCAAGCCGAUUAUUAAAGUGGAUGUGGAUAGCAUGGACGCAAAUCAGACUUACCUCUUUGAAUUGGUUAUUACCAAGGAUCGUAGGGUAUCUAGAGCCACUCAUACCCUAGCUGUGUUUCCUCCGUAUGUUAUUUCUUUAAGGUAA